AUGGCACCCAAGCGAGACACCGAUCAGGCGCAGUCCGUGGGACGGCUCAUGGGCAUCAGCUUGGGCAUCAACUCGGUGACCCUGAACUGCGAUUUCGACGCCAUCGCGCGGAAGCAGCGAUCACCGGUGACGCAGGAGCAGAGGCAAAAAUGCGCCGUCUCCAUCUUCGGGAUGCUGCUGAACACCGCGCUGGGCAUGGGCGCCAUUAGCUCCUCCAUCUCCACCUGUGCGGGCUCCAUCAAUGUGCCGGCCAACUGCGCGGCGAACAUCAACGCCUUCAUUGGCAACUUCCUGCUGAUCUUCAACACCGCGAUGGCUGCGGACCUGGACUGCCCCCAGGACCCUCUGCAGGAGCGAGUCGAUGCAAAGCUCAGCGAUCUCGCGAAAAAGAAGGAGGAGAUUGAGCACAAGGGCUUGAAGCGCUUCGUGCAGAAGGAUGCGAUACUGAAGGAGUUAGGGGAGGUGGUGUCAUUUGGGCACCAAGACUGGAAGACCCGGGAGCAGUUCAUGCGGGGACACCAGAAGUUUGAGGCCACGUGCGCUCAAGCCCCCGGCCCUCUCUGUGUGCCUUGCUGGUUCUUCUGCUGCCCAUGCCACACCUGGCUAGUUCAUGACGCCUUCUCCAAGAACGGGGACUGCGCCACAAAGGCAUUGCAAGAAGCUGUCAUAGCUGCUGCCACCUGGUACUUGCUGUUCCCACGGCAUUUGGUUCUGGUGUAUUGGGCCCCGAAGACGCUCGAACAGGAUGAGGAGAGUCUGGAAGAAUCUCAAGCUGAAGGGAAUCCAUCCAAUGAAACCGAAGGGAAUCCAUCCAAUGAAGCUGAAGAGAAUGCACCCAUCGAAACCGAAGAGGAUCAGCCUUACGAGACAAAUGGGGACAAUGCUGCAUAUACCCGGCCGGAGUGGAAUCCCAACUUCAAGCUCAAGAAGAACCGCGUGGACAAGAUCUACCCGCUCGGCGAGCUUUCGGAGGUGUUGUCAGAAGAGAACGUCUUUGCAAGGCAUCAGCAAGGUGUGACCGGGGGCUGCCAAGCCUGGUUUACGCCCAAAGUGCCUGGAGUCCAGAUACAGGGCAAAGGAGUUGAGGGGGAUCUCGUCCACCAGCACACGAAGCAUCAGCAGGUCACUGUGAGCUAUGGACGGGCAUACGUACAUGGCGACAUUGUCGGGAGCAUGAAGACGGUGACGGCUGAAACAAAGCGACUGGAGAUGCCCGCGCCGGAGCAGUUUGUGGAGGUGUUGAAGCGUCAGCAGACCUGGGCAAAGAAGAACCCAGAGAGGCCCGAGAAGCCGCAGAAGAAUCCCAAGCAGCAGACCAUGGACUCGGAUGCCGGCAGUUCAUCGGAUAAGCUGAGGGAGUUGGCGCAACUGAAGCAGCAGGGCUUGAUCACGGAGGAGGACUUCCAGCAGAGGAAGAAUCAGAUCCUUGACUGCAUCGCGGCUCCGCCUGGCGUCGCCUAG